UCUCGCUCUUCCUUUCCAAGCUGGGCCCGGCAGAAUGGCUCCCGCCAAGAAGGGCGGCGAGAAGAAGAAGGGCCGUUCUGCCAUCAACGAGGUGGUGACCCGAGAGUACACCAUCAACAUUCACAAGCACAUCCAUGGGGGGGGCUUCAAGAAGCGGGCUCCUCGGGCCCUCAAAGAGAUCCGGAAGUUUGCCAUGAAGGAGAUGGGGACUCCAGAUGUGCGCGUUGAUACCAGGCUCAACAAAGCCGUCUGGGCCAAGGGAAUAAGGAAUGUCCCAUAUCGAAUCCAUGCACAGUUGUCCAGGAAACGAAAUGAGGAUGAAGAUUCACCAAAUAAGCUUUAUACUUUGGUGACCUAUGUCCCUGUUACCACAUUCAAAAAUCUACAGACUGUCAACGUGGAUGAGAACUAACUUCUUGAGUGUAAAAAUAAAGUUAUAAAAGUUAAAAAAAAAAAAACAAACAAGAGAAA